UCAGAAAAAGAAAACAGAUAUUUAUUGCUUCUCCCUCCGUCUUCAAACGGCUUACACUUCAUCACCAGCAUCCGCCAGACCACCUCCACUUCCUUAUCAAAUUUUCCCUCCAAAGUGUUGGUGUUUUCCAGGUAAAAUCCAUGAUUUUCCCACCAACCAAACAAGAAUUAAGAGCAUGAAAAAUGGACUCCCUCAUCUUCAAGUCCACCUUCCUCCCUCCUCCACUCCCAAACCACAGAACAAAACCGCACAAAUCGUCAAAACCACCCAACAAAACCCGUAGAAUUAUCAUCUUCUCGUCGGUCUACCGGGACCCUUGGUCUCUCAGUGACGGAGACCCCGCAAGACCAAAACCCAAAUCCAAAAACCCCAAGCACCGACUCUCCGACGACGACGCACGGCGAAUAAUCAAGAAGAAAGCUCAGUACCUGAGCGUGUUGCGAAGAAACCAGGGACCACAGGCUCAGACACCCAAGUGGAUCAAGAGAACACCCGAGCAGAUGGUGCAGUACUUGCAGGACGACCGGAACGGGCAUCUCUACGGGAAGCACGUGGUGGCGGCGAUUAAGACUGUGAGGGCGUUGUCGGAGAGGAGAGGAGAGGAGUAUGAUAUGAGGAUGGUGAUGAGUAGCUUUGUUGGGAAACUGACCUUUAGAGAGAUGUGUGUGGUGUUGAAGGAGCAGAAGGGGUGGAGGCAGGUCAAGGACUUCUUCGCUUGGAUGAAACUGCAGUACCUGAAAUUCAGUGCUUUGUACUGUUUUCUUCCAUGUCAUGGUAAUCGAUCUGGUGUAUUGACAGACCUGUGCUUGAAACAGUUUAGCUAUCGCCCUAGUGUUAUUGCAUACACAAUUGUCCUGCGUGUGUAUGGGCAAGUUGGAAAGAUCAAACUUGCAGAACAUACUUUCUUAGAGAUGCUUGAAGCUGGAUGUGAACCAGAUGAAGUUGCUUGUGGUACCAUGUUAUGUUCAUAUGCUAGAUGGGGACAGCAUAAAGCCAUGCUAUCAUUUCAUUCUGCUGUACAAGAAAGGGGGGUCAUGCUUUCUGUUGCAGUUUACAACUUUAUCCUGUCGUCUUUGCAGAAGAAGUCACUCCAUGGAAAGGUUAUAGAAAUAUGGAAGCAGAUGGUGGUUAAUGGAGUGGCACCUAAUAAUUUUACAUUUACAGUGAUUGUCAGCUCACUUGUCAAGGAACAUCAUUACGAGGAAGCUCUCAGGACUUUCAAUGAGAUGAAAAAUCUUGGACUUGUGCCUGAGGAGGUAAUUUAUAGCCUGCUUAUUAGCUUAAGCACCAAAACUGGAAAUUGGGAUCAAGCACUCAAGUUAUACGAGGACAUGAGAUCCCUUGCAAUAGUUCCUAGUAACUUCACCUGUGCUUCACUUCUAACUAUGUAUUACAAGAUUGGAGAUUAUUCUAAAGCCCUCUCUCUCUUUUCUGAAAUGGGAAGAAACAAAAUUGCAGCUGAUGAAGUCAUUUAUGGUUUGCUCAUUAGGAUUUACGGGAAACUUGGUCUGUAUGAAGAUGCGGAAAAAAUGUUUGAAGAGACGCAGCAGCUGGGUAUACUUAGUGACGAAAAGACUUAUCUAGCAAUGGCACAAGUCCAUCUUAACUCGAGAAAUGUUGAGAAAGCUUUGGAUGUUAUUGCGUUAAUGAAGUCUAGAACUAUCUGGUUAUCGAGAUUUGGUUGUAUUGUUUUGUUGCAAUGUUAUGUUAUGAAAGAGGACUUGGAAUCUGCUGAAGCUGCAUUUCAGGCUUUAUCUAAGACAGGAUUUCCUGAUACUGGUUCUUGUAAUGACAUGCUCAACUUGUAUGCAAGAUUGGAGAUGACAGAGAAGGCUAAGGAUCUCAUUGCCCAUAUACGGAAGAAUCAGGUCGGUUUUGAUUUGCAGCUUUUGAAAACAGUAAUGGAAAUAUAUUGCGAACAAGGUAUGCUGAAAGAUGCUGAACAGCUGAUAGGAGAGAUGGCUACGAAUAGAUCAUUCAAGGGUAAUAACUUCAUUCUAACAUUGCAUGAGGUUGUUGGUGGACAAAAUAGCCAACAUUCAGAUUCUGAGGAAAAUCCUGAGGCCUCCAGUGAAUUGGACACCACAGCUCUUGCUGUAAUGCUUCGAUUGCAUUUGGCUGAUGGAAAAACCACUAAGACAGGAGAUAUAUUGAAGCUGUUGCUUGAGACUUCUGGUGGCUUGUCAGUAGUGACUCAACUUGUUAGCCGCUUUACUAGAGAAGGUGACAUAUCUAGAGGAAAAACACUUUAUGAUCUAACAGUCAAGCUGGGGUAUAAACUGAAUGAUGGAGCAGUUGCUUCUUUGAUCAGUUCAUAUGGGAAGCUACAAAAAGUGGAACUGGCUCAAGAGGUGUUUGCAGCAUAUGUAGAUUCUCCUGCAUGUGGGAAGUUAGUGUUUAAUUCGAUGAUUGAUGCUUACGCCAAAGUUGGUAGAUUAGAGGAGGCAUAUUUGCUUUACAAGGAAGUGAUUAAAAAAGGGCAUGAUCUGGGUGCUGUUGCUAUCAGCAUAAUUGUGAAUGCUUUGACUAACUGUGGCAAACAUCAGGAGGCACAGAAUAUUAUUCGUGGUACUCUCCAAGAUGGUAUGGAGCUGGAUACCAUUGCCUAUAAUACCUUUAUCAAGGCAAUGCUAGUAGCAGGUAAAUUGCAUUUUGCAACCAGUAUAUACAAGUGCCUGCUUUCUUCAGGAUGUACUCCAUCAAUUCAGACAUAUAACACCAUGAUUAGUGUGUAUGGACGAGGUAGAAAGCUGGAUGAUGCGAUUGAAAUGUUCAAUUCUGCUCGCAAUUUGGGUGUCUCUCUGGAUGAGAAAGCUUACACGAACAUGAUUAACUUUCUUGGCAAGGCUGGUAAGAUCCAUGAAGCAUCUCGCCUCUUCAGUGAAAUGCAGGAAGUGGGGAUAAAGCCAGGGAUGGUUAGUUGCAAUAUCAUGAGCAAUGUAUACGCAAUGGUGGGACUCCAUGGUGAAAUUGAGAACCUAUUUGUAGCCAUGCAAAGAGAUGGUCCCUCCCCAGACUCAUUCACCUUCCUCUCCCUCAUUCGAGCAUAUGCGGCGAGUUCGAAAUACUCGGAAGCUGAGGAAACCAUUAAGGUUAUGCAAAAAAAAGGCAUUCGUCCUUCUUGUGGACACUUUAACCACUUGCUCUCUGCUUUUGCCAAAUCAGGCAUGAUGGGGGAAGCGGGGAGGGUUUAUAAGGAAAUGCUGACAAGUGGUUUUAGUCCUGAUGUUGCUUGUAAUCGGACAAUGCUAAGAGGCUACAUGGACUAUGGACAUGUAGAAGAAGGCAUCAGAUUUUUCGAACAGAUCCAGAAAUCGUUACAACAAGACAAAUUCGUCAUGAGUGCAGCUGUUUACUUGUACAAGUUUGCAGGAAGGGAACUUGAAGCUGAAGCUGUUCUGAAUUCGUUGAACAGUUCAGGUGUCAGGUUCCUGAACGACCUUCAAGUUGGGUCGAAAAUAAAACUUGGCUAGCAUGUAACAGAAACUGGAUAUUUGUUACUGUUACAUAGACGAGUGGAAAGGCAUUCUCACCAUUUGGGGAUGGACCAUCAGCAUCUACCAAAGCAGCAAGGUGGAUUACUAGUCAGUGACUUUACAUGAGUUUAAAGAUGCAUUCUGUGACUAGUAACAGACACCGUUAUUGAAUGAAGAGCUGAAGCUGCAAUACUUGGUCGAUGUAAUUGUUAUUUGAUAAUUUCGUUGUAAAUAUCCAUGUAAAAUCCCCUCAACUUUUGAGGGUUUUGAGCAUUCAUAUAUAUUUUGUAUCUCGACUAAAUCGUUAUAUUUGGAAUGAAAAUAUUUAGCUAAA